AUUCGCUAUUAAACAAACAAAAACGUAAUCAAAGCGUUCAUCCAAUAAAGAACACCAAAAACAAAAAGCAGAAGAUAAUCACAUUGUCUGAAGAUCAUCUCUUGUCCUAAAUCUCAACUUUUACAAAAUCUUUGAAUGGCAUCGAAUAAUCAACAAAGACAACAACAAGAUCGACCAUUACCAAAAUUUGGAGAAUGGGACGUGAACGAUCCAGCAUCAGCCGAAGGAUUCACCGUUAUAUUCGCUAAAGCUCGAGACGACAAGAAGACAAAUGCUAGUGGUCGUGCUCCAUCGCAACGCCGUGAUAAUAACAAAGGGCAAGACGAACCUACGAAGAAACGGUUCUGCUGUUUCUGAGGAACAUGAUCAAGAAAAGUCAAGAUUUGUAAUAUCAAAUUUGUUAGAUCAUCGAAAACA